CCACACCCAGAAUGUAGCCUGACGUGGGGCUUGAUCUCACCAACCUGAGAUUGUGACCUGAGAUGAAAUCAAGAGCCAGAUGCUUAACUGAGCCACCCAGGCGCCCCUGCCUUUCUUUAUUGGCAUCUCGCCGCUGGCCACGGAGCUUGGUUGGACCUCCAGGCACAUUGUUGCUCAUCCAGACAAAGGAAAAAAUGCAAGGUGUGCCAGUAUUUUUCCAUGGAGCACACGCAGCUUCAAGAUAUUUGGUGAAAUGGAAAACUCCUAUCUCCCCACAAAAAGGAGAAAUACCUUCUCUUUCCCCUGACGCUCCCUGUGUCAAUCGCUGUGUUGGGUUGUGUCUCAGUGGCUGUUCUGCUCUGUUUCCAAGUGGCUGAUUAUUCUGAACUCAAGUCCUACUGCCUUCCCAAACCUGGCAGGUGGGGUGGGCUGCCCUGUCCCACCUAGGCUUCUGCUGUCUUCACUUAGUGGCUCCCCCCGCCCCCCCGCCCCCGGCCAGGGGUCAGGGACAAGAGCAUCCUUGGUCGAGGCGGUUUAGAUGUGGAUUUGUCUUAGAGAUGUGGGAGGACGCUUCCCUGCCCCGCGUGCCUCCCUGACUUCAUGCUCCCUGUGCCCUCCCAGAGUCGCCCCGGAAGCCUGCCCCCACCCCGCCCGCACGGUCUCUCCCUGGGUGGAGGAAGGGUCCCAGGUCAGGGGUCUUCAGCACUUAGACCCAGCCUGCUCCACAGUGCAGGGACCUUGCAGAUUCCACGGGAAGCCUUAAGUCCCGUGGCUGAACCUGUACCUGGAGUCAGGUGUCCCGGGGGUGGCCGGAGCCUGCCCUUCACAGAGCCCCCGCUUCAUUUCACCAUUUCACCUGUCGGCUGGGACCGGUUUGCAGUGCUUGCUGUCGUUGCCUCUGCCACUGGCUUGCCUGAGCAUCCCUAGGCGCUUGCCCUAGCCCUAUUUUCCAAACUUACGUGAUAUUCUGGAGUCGGCAGAAGCUAUUACCUGGUCCCCUGCCCCCCCACCACUUCCUCUUCUCUGUAACUAGAAAUGGGAGCUGGAUGGUCCUAGAAAGAUGAUUCACGGGAGUCGAGGUCUAGAUGUGGAAAUUGUGUGUGUGCGUGCAGGUUUAGUUCUCUGAAUGGUGUGUGUGACAUGGCUCUGCUUUUUUGGUGAAGUAACCACAGCUGCUCAGAUCUCUCGGGGCUUCGGUUCCUGACCUGGGACGUGUGGUUUCUUAGUAAGCCUCCCUGGGGUCAGGGGACUUGGCUGCGCAGGUGGUCGCCCCUGGAGGCUGGGGUGACUGUGAGGUGGGGUUGCUGCUAGCACCGGGAGCCACCUUUUCUGGGAAGAUUCCCAGGAGUUAGGCUGCGGAAAGCGGGAACUAACCCCCCAUGGGCUUCUGGCUGAGGUGAAGGAAAACAGUGAGCCCCUAAGCAGACUUGGGCCUGCCUGCUUCUGCCCCGGCUGAGGCACUCCAGUGAGAUUUUGAGUGUCACCCGUCCAGGUGUGGUCUCCCCUGACCCAUGCCGUCACUGGGGGCACCUUCAUGAAACGCUCGGCUCCUUCUCAGGGCGCCUUCCUCUUCGGGUGUCUAGAAGUGCCGUGCCGCUCGAGGGUUGGGUCUCCCCCUCCACAACUCCCUGCACCUAAUUGGCUUUCAGCUCCUUCUCCUCUCUAGCAAAAAUAAACCUGUCAGUACACAGAUUAAACAGGAAGCCAACAUAGAAAAGCCCUCAACAGCUCUUGGACCGAGGCCCUGGUGGAGCAUUCCCAGGGAGAGCUGCCUGGCAGGGACGAGGCCUGCCCACGGUAGCCUGGGGCCCUGAGCUCGGCGCGCCUGAGCCUGCCUGGUGCCUCUCCAGGGCAGGAUGGGGCUGACAGUGGGCCCUGGGUGCAUGAGCCCUCUGGCCUGGCUGGGGACACCCUCCUGGGCUUUCCCACUGAUGGUGGUGCUCUCCAGCGCCGGCGGCUUAACGUUUGCUCAGCCCCCUCCUUGCCUGGAGCAGCCCCUCUGCACGGCCUGCCUGGCCGCGCCAGGGACGGUGUCCUCAGGCCUCCCCAGCCGCUCAGCACCACCGGCUCCCCUUCCCGAUCACUGGAAGACAUGUGCUGCGCAUUUCACCCUUUAGUUCAUGGUGGCAUUUUCCUCUUGGCGUCGUUCUUGGAUGGUUUCAGCUGUGUAAGCCUGUGAGGCCGCCACGUGUGUGGGGGGCUGGGCUGCUCUUUGCUUGUGCCCCCCACAGGAUGGAACAACGCUGACACGAGGCCUGGGAUCAUGGCCCGAGCUGGCACUUGCCCUUUCUGGGUCGCCGUGUGCUGAGGAUGUCUCUGCAGCUUCCUUUUGGAGCCGAUCAGAAUCUCCUGGCCCAGCGGAAGGAUGCGUGGAUUGACAGCGCGGUGCAGGGGGGGCGUUAGCGGUCACCCUGGUUCUUUUUCAUACGGGCUGAGAGAGGCUAAGUGCCGUGAGGCUGGGAGAUCCGUUGGUGUGGCGCUGCUGUGGGGUUUUCCACCUCAGACCAUGUUUAAUUAAUGAAUAUUAGACUUUAGGCCCCCUCUGGGGAUUCAAAUUGAUAGAGUGUUGUGCAGACUUUCCCAUUGUCUCGUGGUUUUCCAUUGGACUGAAGGAUCUUUCCCUCUCCUCCUGAAAGUUAGCUUGGAGCACAACAGGAAUAAGGCCUCCAGUUUGGGAAAUCGAGGCAGCAGUCCCUAGUUUACGCAUCUAAGCCUUUCCUUUGUGAGCUGCAGCUCAUCCCCUGGAAGCCAGAGAACCUCAGCAAGCUGGUCACCCCCUGUCUGAGACCGAGAAAGCGUAGCCGCUCUCCUCACUCUGCACCUUGGGGCACCAGGCCAGCCCCUAACUUCCCAGGAUCUGGAGAGCCUCUACCAUCCAGCGGUUGACUAAAGUUUUCUUGGCAGUGAGUCGGCUGGGACAGACCAGUGGGCUUUCUGGGAAGCACAGCUGUGGGCCAUCUGGCGUCUGUGUAGGGACGUUUGCGGGCCCUGGGAAGAUUCAGCGCUUUAUCAUGAGCCCUGCAGCUGGGGGCCUGGGUUGCAGCGGUCACCCUCCUCCCAGACUCACCCUGGCUCCGGGUAGCCAUCAGCGGCUCCUGCAGGCUGGCUUGGUGGGGCGCCCCGGUGUUGACCGUGCGUGGUUUCUGUCACCAUGGCUGCUGUUGGCUCCUCUGCUGUCCCCAGCUGUCCCUCAGGUCACCUCCCCUCCUUGCUGCCUGUGUCCGGAGGGUGUGCACAGGUUCCAGUGGAUCCGAAACCUGGUCCCCGAGUUCGGGGUCUCCAGUUCCCACGUCAGGGUGCUUUCUUCCCCGGCAGAGUUUUUUGAGCUCAUGAAGGGCCAGAUCAACGUGGCCAAGAGACGGGUGGUAAUGGCGUCGCUCUACCUGGGGACCGGGCCUUUGGAGCAGGAGCUGGUAGAUUGCCUGGAAAGCACUCUGGAAAAGUCACUCCAAGCCAAGUUCCCUUCAGACCUCAAGGUGUCUAUCCUCUUGGACUUCACACGGGGCUCAAGAGGUAGGAAGAACUCCCGCACAAUGCUGCUCCCACUGUUACAGAGGUUUCCAGAACAGGUCCGCGUCUCUCUCUUCCACACGCCUAACCUCCGUGGGCUUCUCCGGCUCCUGAUCCCUGAGCGCUUCAAUGAGACGAUCGGCCUACAGCACAUUAAAGUGUACCUCUUUGACAACAACGUCAUCUUGAGUGGCGCCAACCUGAGCGACUCCUACUUCACCAACCGCCAGGACCGCUACGUGUUCUUGCAGGACUGCGCCGAGAUCGCGGACUUCUUCACGGAGCUGGUGGAUGCGGUGGGGGACGUGUCCCUGCAGUUGCAAGGAGAUGACACGGUGCACGUGGUGGAGGGGAUGGUGCACCCUUACAAAGGUGACCGGGCUGCCUACUGCAGGGCCGCCAACAAGAGGGUGAUGGAUGUGAUCAACUCAGCCAGGGCCCGCCAGCAAGUGCUGCACGCCCAGACCUUCCACGGCGACUCCCUUUUGACUCAGGAGGACGCAGCAGCUGCUGGAGACCGGAGGCCGGCCCCCGAUACCUGGAUUUACCCACUGAUCCAGAUGAAGCCCUUUGAGAUCCAGAUUGACGAGAUCGUCACCGAGAGCCUGCUGACAGAGGCAGAGCGAGGCGCCAGGGUCUACCUCACCACCGGCUACUUCAACCUGACCCAGGCCUACAUGGACCUGGUCUUGGGCACACGGGCCGAGUACCAGAUCCUGCUGGCCUCCCCGGAGGUGAACGGCUUCUUCGGGGCCAAGGGGGUGGCGGGGGCCAUCCCGGCCGCCUACGUGCACAUCGAGCGGCAGUUCUACCGUGCGGUGUGCAGCCUGGGGCAGCAGGAGCGGGUCCAGCUGCAGGAGUACUGGCGGCGGGGCUGGACGUUCCACGCCAAAGGCCUCUGGCUGUACCUGGCAGGGAGCAGCCUGCCCUGUCUCACGUUGAUUGGCUCUCCUAAUUUUGGGUACAGGUCGGUUCACCGGGACCUGGAGGCCCAGAUCGCCAUAGUGACGGAGAGCCGGGCCCUGCAGCAGCAGCUUCACCAGUGGCAGAGAGAACCCGGGUCCUCACAAGCCUGCUGGUGGCCGGAAGGCCAGUCGAGAGAAGCCCGCCAAGGGGCAGCCCUUAGAAGCCGCGUGCCCCCCGGCCCUCCUGCCGCCGCAGCUGCCCCCGCCCCACGGCCCCGGGAGCUCCGUCUGUGCGGGCGAGAGCGUGCUUCUCUCACCCGGACACCCCAGCCUCUUGGGAGAAGCAAGCGUUCUCCUGAGCGUCGGAGCUGGGGCCUCAGAGGAAGCCUAACCCGCUCUGGCUGGCUCAGCCCAUUGGGGUGCGCUGACCGUCAGGCGCAGGUGGCUGGUCCAGGACCCACCUGCUCCCCUUGGAAGACACAGGAGCAGGAGCGGCUCUACCUGCGCUCGGGCGCGGUGUCCUCCGCCACCUUUGAGCAGCCAAGUCGGCAGGUGAAGCUGUGGGUGAAGCUGGUGACGCCGCUGAUUAAGAACUUCUUCUGAGGACGGACAGGAAUGGCCUUGAUGAAGAUGACGGGCAUGGCUGGCGUCAGCUCCUUCAGCCUGGCUUCGGCGAUGACUCCGGUCUGGGUGUCCCAGCGAGCUCCUGCAGGACAGCGCGGCGAGGUCAGGGUGGCCCGUGGGCCGUGCGUGGGUGCCGCAUGGUGUGCCGGCGGGGCGCCGGGGGCUGGACUGGCGCAGGCGUGGCUGAAGGUGGGGCGGUGAGCAGAGGCCCGGGCCGGGGCGCUGGGCACGCCGGGACUGCUGGAACCCCGCCGCACGCCACCUGUCCAUCAGCCUUCUCAGCCUCAGUGGCAGGAAGCGGGGCCUCCAGCUGGAAGUCACAGCAGGUCCCGUGUGCAUUACGCAGCUUGUGUGUGCGUGCACAGGGCACGCAAUUGUAUGUGCACACGCACAUGGAACUCUCAUUUGCCUUUGACCAGACUGCUAUCGUUUCUACUCACCCUGUUACUGGUGUUUGUGUUUUCUGUCUGUCAUUCCAAAAUAAACAUGGAGAGCGGUG